AUGAAGGAUCCCAAUGAAGACACUGAAUGGAAUGACCUACUGAGACAUUUUGGGAUUCUUCCUGCAAAAGAAAAACUGGAAGAUGAACCUGAGGAAAUGGUUUUGAACUUGCAGAAAGAAGCAGAAGUGAAACCAUAUGAAAGGAAGAAUCUUGAAGAAUUAAGGGAAGCUGAAGAUGACUUUGAUGAGGCUGAUAGGAAAGCUAUUGAAAUGUACAGGCAUCAGCGUUUGCAAGAAUGGAAAUGUCUCCAGAGGAGGCAAAAGUAUGGGGAGCUGAGAGACAUUUGUGGAGAGCAGUAUGUAAAGGAAGUCACAAAUGCUCCAGAGGAAGUUUGGGUUAUAAUUCACCUUUAUCGGCCAAGUGUCCCAAUGUGCUUGCUGGUUAAUGAACAUCUCAGCCUGCUAGCCAGAAAGUUCCCAGAAGCCAAGUUCCUCAAAGCCAAUGUAGACAGCUGCAUUCAGAAUUACCAGGACAGAUGUUUACCUACAAUACUUGUAUAUAAAACUGGUGAAAUGAAAGGCAGGUUCGUUGGAGCAGCUGAAUGUGGGGGAAGAGAGCUCCAAGUGGAAGAGCUUGAAUGGAAACUGGCAGAAAUUGGAGCAAUAGAAACUGACUUAGAAGAAAACCCCCAAAAGGACAUUCUGAAUAUGACAUCAUCAGUGUGGAAUAUUUCUGCUCAUGAAGACAUCAGUACAAAAAGCUGUGAUGUGAUGAAACCACAGACGCGCUCUCCGGUCAGCAGAGCCCUUUCCCGAGGGCUCGGCUCCGUGCUCUGCGCCCGCCCGCAAGGCAAGCUCCGGAGCACCACGCCCGGCAGCCGCUACAGCCGCAGGACACCCUGCGGCAUCGCUCGCGGCCUGCCACAGCGCCGCUGUCCGGAGCAGGGCGCGGCCGGGCACCGUCCCCGCUGCCCUGCUUCCCCACCUCGCAGCCCGGCUACCGUCAGCCCGGCUACCGUCAGCCUGGCUGGCCCUGCUGCUCCCAGCCAGAGACGUGACGCUGCCCGGUCUCGCCGAGUCUAG